CUUCUAUUCCUCCCUUCUCCUUCUCUCUGUAUAUGUUCAAAGGCUCCCAAGCCAACCCCAUCCAUGGCUGCUUCCAACAUCAAGAACAGCAACAAUCGAAUCUCUCUUGCAAUGGAAAGAACUGGCCAAUGGGUUUUCUCUCAAGAAAUUCCAACUGAUGUCGUCGUUGUAGUCGGUGAAGCCAAUUUCCCUCUCCAUAAGUUUAUGCUUGUGGCCAAGAGCAAUUACAUAAGGAAAUUGAUAUUAGAUUCAAAGGAACCAGAUCUUGUACGGAUCGACUUAUCUGAUAUUCCUGGAGGACCAGAGAUCUUCGAAAAGGCUGUUAAAUUCUGUUAUGGUGUCAAUUUCGAGAUAACUGUUCAUAAUGUUGCCGCACUUCGCUGUGCCGCUAACUACUUACAGAUGACUGAUAAUUACUGCGACGGAAACCUAAUCGGCCGGACUGAAGAUUUCCUUUCUCAAGUCGCUCUUAUAAGCUUAUCUGGAGCUGUAGUCGUUCUCAAAUCUUGCGAGGAUUUACUUCCUCUAGCUGAUGAACUCAAUAUCGUCCAGAGAUGCGUUGAUGUUAUCAGCAUAAAGGCUUGUAAUGAAUCGAAUUUUCCGAGUAGAUCACCGCCGAAUUGGUGGACAGAGGAGUUAUCAAUACUCGAUGUAGUGUUCUUCGAGAAAAUCAUAAUUGCAGUGAAAUCUCGUGGCGCGAAGUCUAUAACAAUAUCGAGUGCUAUAAUAACCUACGCAGAAAGAUCUCUUCGUGAUCUAGUCCGAGAUCAUUCCUCAACGGGGAAGAAAUCAAUUGAAUCAGUAGAUUCCGAACUUCGUAUUCGUCAGAGAGAAGUUCUUGAAUCAAUCGUAACAUUACUUCCAACAGAGAAGACAUCUCUUCCAAUUAACUUCCUAUGCUGCCUCCUACGAACCGCUAUUUACUUGCGAGCAGCGACUGGAUGUAGAAACGAACUGGAGAAACGAAUUGCUGCUUUGUUAGAACACGUUACGGUUGAUGAUCUGUUGGUUCUAUCGUUCACUUAUGAUGGAGAAAGGAUGCUUGAAUUGGAUAGCGUGAGAAGAACUAUAUCUGGAUUUGUUGAGAAGGAUAAGAGUGUUGCUGUCUUCAAUGGUGGUGAUUUUCGAGAUGUUUGCUCGACGGCAAUGCAACGAGUAGCGAAAACUGUUGACUCUUAUCUUGGCGAGAUUGCUGCGUAUGAGGAAUUGAGUAUCUCGAAGUUUAAUGGAAUCGCAAAUCUUGUACCGAAGGGAGCUAGAAAAGUCGAUGAUGAUCUAUAUAGAGCCGUCGACAUCUUCUUGAAGUCUCAUCCAAACCUAGACGAAAUCGAACGAGAGAAAGUAUGUAGUUCGAUGGAUGCAUUAAAGUUAUCAUACGAAGCAAGAUUACAUGCAUCCCAAAACAAAAGAUUACCAGUGCAGAUAGUUCUUCACGCCCUGUAUUACGAUCAAUUGAAACUAAGGAGUGGUAAUGAAGAAAGGGACGUAUCGGACGCUGUUUCAAUGAGGAAUCAAGUUCAAUCGGAUGUUUCUCUUGUUAAGGAAAACGAAACCCUUCGUGACGAACUAAUGAAGAUGAAGAUGUACAUAUCUGAUAUCCAGAGAGGUAACAGCAGCAAUAGCGCGACAAUUACGACGACGUCAAAACAAACGAGUUCAAAAAAACACGGUACAUUCUUCUCGUCUUUUUCUAAAAAGUUAGGGAAAUUGAAUCCGUUUAAACAUGGAUCUAAGGAUACGUCGAAUAUUAUCGAUGAAGAUGAAGUUGAGAUUAAUACUAAGCCGAGAAGGAGGAGGUUUUCUAUAUCUUAAUUAGGUUUAUUUGAAUGUUUGGAUUUUAGAUGAAAUAUGUGCAUAGUGAGUGUUGUUGUUCAA